AUGGACAUCUACACGACCGCCUUCUCCUAUCCGCGCCGGCAUCGCCUCGUGCGCUCCCAGAACCCGUCCCUCGACUUUUCGCAGAACGGACAUGGGGAUCCGCACGCGAGCACGCCCUUCCCGACCUCCUUCGCCAACGGCGCCUAUCCCGGCCCGCCCCCGGAGCCGCCCCAGCCGCUGCAGCCCGCGGACGCCGAGGCGCUCCAGAAGCUGACCAUGCUCGCGAUGACAACCCAGGGCUGCCAUGUCUCCUACCAGAUCGCAGAUCACGCCGCCGGCUGGAACUUCCUCGUAUCCGGCCCCAUGCAGCAGCUCCUCUUUGCCCGCGGCAUGAUCCUCAAGGACUGUCCCGUGCAGAACCGAGGAGCUAUUCGCGUCGCGCGCUCGGAGGUGCUCGACUAUCCGUCGUCAAAGCCCCAGCUCAAGGCCGAAGUCCGCCGCCGUCUGGACGAAAUCGCGUCGGCGACGAUGGCACACAUAGCCGUCGUCAACAGCCCUCACUCGUUCUCCACACGCACACCUCCCGACGGCAUCAGUAGCAGCGCGGGUUGGUCCGGUCUCGACACCGAGCGUGUCUGCGAGCUGGUCAUCACAGGACAGGGUGACUCGGUGGAGCUGGCUAGAGUACGCCUGCUGGUUAUGCUCGAUGAGAUGAGCGGUCUCCACGCGGACUUCUGCGAGAUUGAUCAGAAGCUGCAAGCCAUUGUCGCUGGUCGCAAACGCAACGUCUUGCAGACUAUCCAGGAGGAGACCGGCACGAACAUCUACCUUCCGUCGCCUCUCCAGGGGCUGGUUGGACCCGAUGCCACGGGCGCUUCUACGGCUCUCGGCGGCACAAAUACCGCGCCUAACAGCCCCACUCGCAAGGCAAGAAACUCGAUCUGGAUAACGGGCGAGUUCUUUGGCGUCCAGCGGGCACGCGAUAUGCUGCUGCAGCUCGCUAUGACGAAGAGCAAAGCUGUGGUCUCAAGAGAUACGGCCAUUCUUCCGCGCAAGCUUGAUUGGAUGGUUCUUGAACGCGCCGAUGACCUCAAGGCCGUCAUGAACGAUAAUGGCACCUUCAUCAUGUUCCCUCCUCUCGGCAGCUCGACCAGUCUGAUCACGGUUUUUGGCGACCACAAGGUCAACGUACAGCGCACCAUCCGGGCUGUCAUGCAAUUGGCUUGCCAAUUUUACGUGGCGUCCUUCUGGCUGCUUCCGGCGCAGUUCAAUCCUCUACUUCCCCCGCCCGCGCUGUCGCCCACUCAAGUGACUGCUAUUCUCAAGCAGGUCUCGAGCGCGACGGGAGCCGAAGUGGUUUUUAAGAGCAUGAACUUUGAGAUGUAUGGCAUGGAGCAUGAAGUCCGCAACGCUAUCAACAUGUUAUUAGAUAUCGACGCGCUGAAGGCCUUCCAUCAUGAGAUACGCUUCCAGAUCGAGCUGGCCAACGAGCAUCGUGAAUUCAUCUCAGGCAAAAAGAACGGCAAAAUCAAUAAAAUCAUGCAGACGACCAAUGUAAAGAUCAAGUUCGAGACGUUCAACGACCAUAACUUCCUCAUCGAUAUUGCCGGCACCGACCUGACCAUUCUUCAAGGCCUCGCGCUGCUCCAGGAAGAGCUGCCUGCCGAGAUUUCCUUCCACGUGCCUGAGUCUUACCAUAAGCGCAUCAUCGGAGUGGGCGGUCGCAGCAUACAGCGCAUCAUGAAGAAGUAUGGCGUCUACGUCAAGUUCUCGAAUGCUGAAGAGUUCGCGGCUCUCGGCGGCUACAACGAUAAUGAAGACAACGUCGUUGCGCGCACGCCAGCGAAGAACGCCAUUAACCUCGACAACCUGAAGCAGUCCGUUAUGGAACUUGUCAACCCAAAGGACAAGGACUACAUCUCCGAGACAGUUAUUAUUCCGCGCCGUUAUCACCGCACGCUCCUGGGCGAGAAAAGCAUUUUCAUCCACGACAUCGAGAACAAGACCAAUUGCCGCAUACGCUUUCCCGACAAGGAGACUGCCUCUGACGCCGUCAUGAUCUUCGGUCCCGAGAGUCAGAUCCAAAUUGCCGCGACGAUGCUCUUGGACCAUGUGCCUUUCGAGGCCGAUUUGGUUGUUCCGCCACAAGCGGAGCUCCGCGUCUUGGUUGCUUCGCCAGACUUCAACGCCUUCGUUGAGCAAAUAAAGCGCGAACUCCAGGUCGUCAUCUUCCCGAAUCUCAAGACGACCAACGGCGGUGAGACGCCGACGGAGACAUCAUUCAAGUUCCGCUGCCAACGCAGUAACAGUGAUUUCCUCGUCUCAGCCCGCGAGAUGCUUGAGCAAUUCCUCCUCAAUCAUAAUGUGCACGUCUACCCAUCGCCCACUUCUCACACGCACAAGCGUGGCGACUCGUUCACGUCCGCCUUCCCACACUUUGACAGCAAGGUCCUAUCUACCAUGCCUCGCACUCGCGGCUCGGCGGACUUCUCUCGUCCGGACCCCAUGGUCGACAGGCGCUUGCGCAUGGCGAACUCAUCGCCAGAUGUGAAGGCGCUCUUCAAUAACUCUCCCAAGUACAUCUACCAUCUGGAAGAGGCGCAAGAAAGUCUCGAGAGUCAACACAGCUACCUGCCGCCGAACGACUACUGGAAUCCGCAACCAUCCAUCGCUGCUCGCCACGGCCGCUUCCUCUCCAUGUCUCAUGCUGACGAGGGAGCACCGGGUGCGAUGUUGGCGGCCCAGCGUCUGGACGAAGACAAGCGCGUCUCAGACUCGCACCUGGAAUCGCGCAUCGGCCAGUUAUCUAAGCCGCGCUCGCUCUCAAAUCGCGCCCAGUCACUGGAUUUGACAUACUCGCUCUCGCGCAUCACCGAGGGCUCUUCGCGCUACCCUCUACCACCGGACUCGCCGACGAACUCUAUCGGCGAGCGCAGCAGUAGCCCAGCCAGCGCCACCGCACCCUCCUUCCCGAGCGUGUAUGGGCCGACGGGUGCCGGUCGUACACCGAUUGGCGCCCACCGCGGCGUGCGCUCUCUCGACGAUGAGAGCGUCGAGGAGGUUUCGCGUGUGAUGUCCAAUCUCGGAUUGUGA